AUGGCAACUGCACGUCGGUUCCUCCCCUUGCUGCUGCUACCGCUGCUUUUUUUCUUCUUGUUCCAGGUCUCCCUCUCCUUUAUUCCCCCGAAAAUAAGCUCAAUGUCCCUGACCGUUGGCUCACAUAACUAUCAUAACCAAAGGCAGAGGAAGAAGGGAAUAAUUCAUAGGACUCCCCUGCCCAUUCGAGCGUCCCCCAAUUUUUUAAGCAGCAUAAUUACACCCCUGUCGAAUGAAAAAAUAAAAAAGUACUUUGUCUUCCGAUGUUUAUCUCGCAUAUGCGUAUCGUUAAGUAGCGCCUUCUCCCUAAACGCAAAAAUACAUUUGUAUAGGAAGAAUAGUGACAACCUGUUGCUGACCCAAGUGCUAGUAUACAAUGAGAUUCUCGUGAAGGUGUUGAAAAUUUGCUGGCUAUACAAGUUAAGGUCCUUUGUGGAUAGCAAUAUAAAAUUGUGUAGAAUUUUGUCGACUGUUUUUUAUGUUUUUGGCAUUUACUUGGACUUACUGUCUACUUUGGACUUUUCUAAAAAUUCCUUUUUUCUCCCUUGCACGUUUUUUGUCCUUUCUUCUACCCUUAAAAGUUUAAGCAUCAUGACUUAUGCGUCCAUCCGGUCUGCCACUUACCUUCGCCUCUGUGAAAUGCUGAACAAGCAGAACGAUAAUAUCCCCUGCGGACAUGAUAACAGUGAACGAACAAACAGGGUGGAAUCAACCAAUGAUCACUUAGUUACUGAGGAGCAGAAUCGGGAACGUUCAGAUGGAGUAAAGUCGAAGGGGGAAGAUACACAUGUUCCUGUUCUUGGUGCACAGCAGGUAGACACCCCUAGGGUGACUUUGCCAAAUGGGACCCCCCACAGUGAACGCAACAACUAUUGCAUCAGUCCCUAUAAUAACCCUGUCAAUAGCGUGAAGAAAACCUACUUCAUUGGCGAAGUCAGCGUCCUCACGGAUUUAUUGUCCUCCCUCGUGGACCUCCUCACCGUUGUGCUUCUCUCACGGACGACCGAUUAUAUUAAGAAGAAAAUUUAUUUUUACUUCCUCCUGUCUUCUCUGCAUUUGUUCUUUUCCUACAAGGAGUUGCAGUGCUUGUUGGAGUAG